CAUGUUUCAAGUUUAUCGGGGGUGAUACUCGCCGGUCAUACUACUACUAUCACUCGUGUAUUGGUUGAUGUUGUGCAGUUAUUAACUCUGAGUCGCAUGGGGAUGUAAAGUGGGGGAUGCAAACAUAGUCACCCGCAAUAUUUCACGAACUUUUGCUGCGUUUGCUUUUCUCCGUAUUAGUUACUGUCAUUUACGCGGAAGAGUAUACAUAUAAAUUGAAGUUAUACGUUGCGUUUUAUUCAAGGCUGUUUAAGAUAUAAAACUGUAUUGUGUACAUGGAUAUAUGUGUAAACAUAAUGAUUCUGCUACGUCUUAAAAGCCUUGCGCAGAUUAUAUGAACUGCAUUGUUUAAACUAGACAGCUUUAGAAAAAUUGAGGUCACACAUCUUAUUUGAUUGCUACAAUAGUAUAAAUGGAGAUACUAUCUCUUAAUUUCCUAUUAUACACUAUGAGUGGCGUGUGGCGACCGAUCGAAUGGACAUCGAUACCCGCCAAGCUCUUGUAUGGCAUAUUUACUUGUUCCACGCUAUAUUUGUUAAACUUUUCGAUGAUGACUCAGUUGAUGGACAUUCUUCUUGUUGUUGACAAUAUGGAUGAUUUUGCUACGACUUCCUUAAUGUUUCUUACGGCUAUCGGUGCAUUCUGUAAAGCAGUUACUGCCGUAAUUCGCCGCGAUGAAAUUAUUAACUUGAUCAAGAUAUUACAAGACAAACCGUGCAAACCUGAUAACGAUGAUGAGAUUAAUAUACAGAUGAAAUACGAUCGCUUAAUCAGAUUAUGUUCCAUAAGUUACACGCUUUUGGCAUCGUUUUCUGCCACUGGUGCUACUGUGGGAGAGAUAUUCGCUGUCUUACAAGGCGAAUUACCGUACCGGGGGUGGGUACCCUAUGACAUAAACAAUUCGUUCGUUAACUUCUUGCUUACAUCCCUUCAAGAAAUGUUAGCUCUAGUUUUCGGGACGAUCGUAAACAUCGCUACGGAAACUUUGGUAUUAGGAUUUUGCUUACAAACAUGUGCGCAACUCGAAAUUCUUAAAUGUCGCCUCGAAAUGGUGACAAAAUUCACAGGGAAUGAAGAAAUUUUAGAAAAGUCGUUAAACAGAGUAUCGAAUAGGACAAACAGAUUGUCAGAACACAUUCGUUAUCAUCUCUGUAUAAUUAGAUUCGCAGAAAUGGCCAAUGAUAUAUUCAGUCAAGUACUCUUUGUUCAAUUUUUUGGAAGCAUAUUGAUAUUAUGCUCAACUGUCUACUAUUUAUCCUCUCAUAUGACUGUCGCCGAUUUCGUGAAACUAAUAAUUUAUACAUUUUGCAUGUUUGUACAGAUUUUCGUUUAUUGCUGGGCUGGAAACGAAGUAAUCCUCAAGAGUACUGGAUUGAGUGAGGCGGUAUAUGAAAUAGACUGGAUGCUGCUGACGAUCAGCGAGCAAAAAGAUUUACUGAUGAUUAUGAAGCGUAGCACAAGACCUAUCAAAUUUACCAGUAGCUUCUUGGUGACGUUGUCCUUGGAUUCUUAUACCAGUAUUCUCAAAACGUCUUAUUCUGCUUUUAACUUACUGCAACAAUAUUGAAAUUCGGAUAUUGUAACAAUAUUCGAAUAAUGAAAAUCUAGGUUUUCACAAUGCACAAUAUAAUAUAUGAAGACUUAUUAUGAAUAAAUACAUCACUUG